GUGUGUGUGUAUACCUUGUGGCCCUUCAGCUGGAGGCGGCUACGGGCAUGCUGACUAGACUAGGUUACACUCCGGGAUGAUCCUGGCCAGGUCAGGCUCUCCCACCAAACGAGUCUAUUUUCAGAACCCAUUUCUCAAGUGGCCUCUGUUUGUUUCUUCUCUUGCCUCUUGCUUGACAUACUGUCAGCCUUCCUCCAUCUCUCUUUCACUGAGUACCUUGAGCCUGAUUCUUAAUUAUGUCUUUGCUCUGGAAUGUGGGGGUUGCUGCCUUGCUGGCUGUACUUUGGACGGCCAGUGAAGCUGUCCGUCGCCUUUAUUUCCACCCUCUGGCCCAUAUUCCCGGACCUCGUCUUGCAGCUCUGACAUGGUGGUAUGAAUUCUAUUUUGACGUUAUUAGGCCCGGUCAAUACGUAUUCAAGAUACAGGAGCUUCACAUAAGAUAUGGCCCAAUCAUCCGUAUUACCCCAGAUGAGGUUCAUGUCAAUGACGUCGGAUUUUUGGACACUAUUUACGCCCCUUCGAUGAUCAGAAGGGACAAGUAUGGUUAUCAGCUGAGGAGCCUUCGCGUCCCAGGGGGACUGGGCACAACCACCGACCAUGACCUGCAUAAAGUCCGGCGAGAGUCACUUACACCCUUCUUCAGCAAGAAGAACAUUCAGUACAUGGAGGGGUUGAUCACAGACAAGGUCGACCAGUUGAAGCAGUUGAUAUCCACCCAUGUAGCCAGAGACACACCAGUCAACUUGUCAGAUGUCUUUUUUGCAUUCUCAAAUGAUGUUGUCAACAACUUCCUCUUUGCGCACCGAACAGAUGUACUUGCAAGCGAACCGAAAGCCGCCACCCUCCGCCAAAACAGCAAAGAGCUCUUGAUGGGGAUCAAUAUCAACAAGCACUUUCCGCAAAUCCCCGAUUUCCUGGAGUCGCUCCCAAUGUCCAUAAGCCGCCCAGUGAUGCCUCCAGGCCUUAUUGAUUUGCUUACCCUAUUUGACCGGGUUCGUGAGGAGAUUUUCAUGAUUAAGAAGGACAAAGAAUCAUCAGUGGCUCACAAGAAGAACAUUGGACCGACAGGCAAAGAGUCAGUAUUUGAUUCAUUAGUGGACAACCCAAACCUGCCAGCCUCAGAGAAAACGCUCCUGCGGUUACAACAAGAAGGGGCCCUUCUAGUUCUAGCGGGAACCGAAUCACCAGCUCAGACUCUCAACAUCAUAUUCUAUCAUCUCCUUGCCAACCCCGCACUUCUCGAGAAGCUUCGCAGGGAGCUCCGUGCCGUCCCUGUACCUUCUUCAUGGACCCAACUCGAGCAACUUCCGUAUCUAUCCGCAGUAAUCGAGGAAGGCAAUCGGCUUUCUUUCGGCGUCACGGCUCGGUCCGCACGUAUCGCUCAUGAGCCGCUGACCUAUACGCCUUCCGCGUACGUCUCCUCGACCUGUCCGCCCAGCACCAGAAGCAAGUCGUACAUAAUCCCAGCAGGCACUCCGGUGUGCACCACGACUCUGAGUGCGCACACUGCGGACACCGUCUUUCCGGAUCCUUUCGUCUUUGAUCCGGAACGUUGGCUCGGCGAUGCUGGGAAGGAGCGACGGAGGUUUCAAAUGGCGUUCAAUAAGGGAGGGCGAAGGUGCCUUGGGAUUGAACUCGCGCGUGCGGAGCUGUAUCAUGUGGUCGCGGCCCUGGUUCGAGAGUUCGACAUGGCCCUAUUUGAAACAGAUGCCGACGAUGUGGCAUUUAUGUAUGAUUACCAGGUUGCCAUGCCGAAGAUGGGUUCUAAAGGGGUGAGAAUUAUGGCGAAAUUGGCUCAUUGAGAGUAUCCAUAGACCCGACUGCUACCAGAUUUUUGGGUGACUAGGAUGGGUAGUAUAUUGUGGAUGGGACUGGUCAGAAACCAUGGAUCUAGUAGAGGAUUAACCCUACACUAUCCUGGUGGACUCAAUUUCGGGUUGUGCCGCCAGUUCAUUGCUAUCAGGUCACUUAAAACCACCAAUGUCUAGCGCUUGGGCGAUGCAUCAUUUAAUUUCCAGCCUUACUAAUGCCAAGUCGCACGGUGUAUGCGCCGGCCUCUAUCAACUGUGGUUUGGUCAGUGAUUUGAUACACUAAUGCAUAACUAGCUCUGUAUGUCUCACUUAGUACUCUCUCCGCGGAAAUUUUGUGGGUGGUGGGUCAGAAACCGAC